UAAGACUGUGAUACUCUCCAAGGCGCCAAUUUACGAACCCUAAAUGUCGUUAUCGAUUCACAGAUCUCAGGUAACCCCAUUACCGUCAUGACCAAGAGAUUUAGUAAUCUCUUUUGUUUGGUUUGAUGUCGUGUAGAUGCGACUAGUGAGCUGAAAGGGGUGGAACAUGGCGACUGUUGCCGCUGCUGCGAUUCUUCCGAGAUCUAUCUUUGGUCAGAAGUCCGUCCAAUUACUGAGUUUGAAUAGCCAUUUUCUUGGCGGCGUUUCAAAGAAAAUCAAAUUUGAUGAGAAAACCGUAAGCAGGAGGAGAGAUUUGGGGGGUUUGGUUGUGGCUUCUGCGAACAGUGGUGCCGGUGGAGCGGGGAGGUUUUAUAUAAACUUCACUGGUUUUCCUUUCCCUCUAGGCCCUUUUCUCAAUAGGCGAACUAUAAGGACUGAGGCUUUGAAAGAUUGCAUAUGGCUAUUUGAGCAAGAGCAAGCUUUAGGAUUCAGCAGUGUCUCCACUAACAUCAGAAUGACAGUCAUCAGGCUAAAAUCAGGGGGUUUGUGGAUUCAUGCACCUAUUGCUCCGACCAAAGAAUGCAUUCAGCUUUUGGAAGAGUUAAACGCACCUGUUGAGUACAUUGUACUUCCAACUUUCGCCUAUGAGCAUAAGAUAUUUGUCGGCCCCUUUUCGAGAAAGUUUCCCAAGGCACAAAUUUGGGUGGCUCCUAGGCAAUGGAGUUGGCCGCUUAACUUGCCACUUGAAUUCUUCGGCAUUUUUCGUGCAAAAACUUUAACAGAUGAGGAUGAGUCUGCCCCUUGGGCUAAUGAGAUUGAGCAAAAGGUCCUUAGUUUAGCAGAAGUUGGUAUUGGACCAUAUGUAGAGGUUGCCUUUUAUCAUCGACGCUCGAGAACAUUACUUGUUACGGAUGCUGUAAUUUUUGUUCCACGCAAGCCACCUGAUUGUAUCAGCAAAGAAUCCUUAUUAAAAUCUGCUAAGAAUGGUUUAGCAGUAAAAAUCUUAAGCAAAGGAAAAGAGGUUCCCGAUGAACCUGUAGUUGAUAACAGCGCAAACCGCCAAAAAGGUUGGGAAAGAAUGGUCCUUCAGAUCUUAUUUCUAGGCCCUUCAAAUCUUCUGGAGCCUGCUGCCACCUUCUCUCAAAUCUCUAGGAAGUUGAUUGUGUCUCCAAUUGUCAAGACGUUAGUUUUCAGCAAAGUUCCAGAGAAGGUGAGGGAUUGGAUUGAUAGAAUAGCAGCAGACUGGCCCUUCAGGAGGAUCAUCCCCGCGCACUUCGCAGCUCCAGUAAAUGCAGGAAGAUCUGAUCUCCUCGCAGCUUUCGCAUUCCUCGACGAACUUCUGGAUGACCGCCUCGUCGCAAGACCUUCAAUUUCACUUAUUUUUGCUUCCAUCAUGGGGAAGGCAGCCAGUUACUUCCCCCCAGAUGAUAUGAAAACCUUAUCUUCUCUUGAUAAUUUCUUAGUUUCAGUUGGAGCUGUAAAGAAAACUGCUUCUGGGAGGAGAAGCUGACAGAAAUAAGCCUGAAUGUUAUUUAUUUGUUUGAACCACUAGAAUGAGCUGUGUGUGUAGGUGGUAUUGAAAUACACAUUUUCAUGCAUAUGUAAGGUGGUAUAUAUGCAAAAAUUGAAGUUUUGGAUAUG